UGAAAUAUCUGGUUUACUCCCACCCUCUCUCAAGAUGGCAGCAGCCGAGGAAAAUUCAAGGCUCCCGCGAUUGCCAGAUCUAUUCGAAGUCAGUAAGCAGCUUCUGGACGAAGUGGAAGUAGCGACUGAACCCAGCGGUUCCCGGGUGAUCCAGGAAAAAGUAUUUAAGGGGCUAGAAUUCCUUAGGAGGGCUGCUGAAAUGUUGUCGCAGCUCGACUUGUUCAGCCGAAAUGAAGAUUUGGAAGAGAUUGCUUCCACCGACCUGAAGUACUUGAUGGUGCCAGCAUUACAAGGAGCUUUCGCCAUGAAGCAGGUCAACCCCAGCAAGCGUCUAGAGCAUUUGCAGUGGGCUCGAGAACACUUUUUAAAAUACUUAACUCAGUGCCGACAUUAUCGUGUUGCAGAGUUUGAGCUGCCCCGAAACAAGAACAAAUCAGCUGAAAAUAACACCGCUAAUUUCUCCAUGGCUUAUCCUAACCUUGUUGCUAUGGCAUCUCAAAGACAGGCUAAAAUAGAGAGAUACAAGCAGAAGAAGGAGGUGGAAAAUAGGUUGUCCACACUGAAAUCUGCUGUGGAAAGUGGUGAAGCAGAUGAUGAGCGUGUCCGUGAGUAUUAUCUCCUUCACCUUCGAAGGUGGAUUAGUAUCUCCUUAGAAGAGAUUGAGAGCAUUGACGAGGAGAUAAUAAUCUUGAGAGGCAAAGACUCUUCAAAAGAGGCAUCAACUUCUCAUUCUUCUCAUCAGGACAGGCCACCAAUGAAGCCCUUUGUUCUCACUCGGAAUGUAACCCAAGCCAAAGUGUUUGGAGCUGGAUAUCCAAGUCUAGCAUCUAUGACAGUGAAUGACUGGUAUGAUCAACAUGAGAACUAUGGAGCAUUACCUGAUCAAGGAAUAGCCAGUACAGCAGCAGUCCCUUUCCUAGGAAUUUACCCAGGGAAAACAAAAACACCUAUCUGAAAAGACCUGUGCACGCCAAUGUUCAUAAAAGCAGUUUGUAAUAGCCCAAACUUGGAAGCAACCCAGAUGCCAGGAGGACAGAUGAAUGGAUAAGAAAGCGGUGGUAUACAGUGGAGUAUUAUGCAGCUCUGAAAAAUGUGAGUUAUAUCCUUUGCCAUAGCAUGGUCAGAAUUUGAAGGCAUCAUGUUGAGUGAGACAAACCAGACAGUCCAAUACCAAAUGACCUCAUUUACAAGUGGAACUUAAGAAUAAAAGAUAGUAAGGGAGUACAUAAGAUGAAACUUGGAUGGAGUGUGGUGUCUUGCACCAAAGCUAAGGACUCUGGGGAAGGAGGGGAAGGGACAUUGGGGUGCAGUGCUAGAGGUGUGUCUCUCUUUCUGUCUCCCCCUUCCCUCUUGAUUUCUGGCUGUCUCUAACCAAUAAAUAAAGAUGAUUUUUAAAAGAAAUUAAAACAAUGGUAAAUAUGUACACACCCAUGUAAGAAUGACAAAAAACACUGGAAGUACUAAGUGCUGACAGGAAUAUGAAGCAACAGUGAUUCUCAUUUGCUGUUGGUGAAAAUGACUGCCACUUGGAAUAUAGUUUGUUGGUUUCUGACAGAAUAGUAAGCAUACUCUUUACAGGCUAGCAAGUGAGUUGAAAAUUUAGGUCUACCUGAACACCGAGGUUAUAACAACUUUAUUCAAACUUGUCAAAAUAUGAAAGCAAACAAGAGCCCCAAUACCACAUGAGAGUGCCUUAGCACCAGAAGAAGGCCUGGUGCUAUGGUAUCUGUCUCAAAUUCUCUCUCUAUCUUAAUUAAAAGAAGUCCAUGGGGGCCAGGCAGUGGCACACAUGUUUAAGUGCACACAUUCCAGUAUGUGAGGACCAAGUUUUCCCCAUCUGCAGGGGGAAAACUUCACAAGUGGUGAAGUAGUGUUGCAGGUGUCUGUCUUUUUUCUCUCUCUAACUCCCCCUUCUCAAUUUCUUUCUGUCUCCAUCCAAUAAUAAAUAUAUAUAUAUAUGUUCCUGGAGUGGUCAGACCUCAUGUGCACAAGGCCCUACAUCAUAAAAACAAGCAAAAGAGAAAGUGUUUCAUACUGAAAGGCAACAAUUUAUCAGAAAGACUGAGUACAAAAUGCUUGUGCCCACUAAAUUACAAAAGUAAAUAACCAAAUAAAUAAAUAAAUGGAGAAACAGACAAGCCUACCAUCAUAGUUGGAAAUUUUAAUACUUCUCUUUCAUAAUUGAUAAAAUAAAUGGAGAAGAAAUUAGUAGGGAGAGGCUGGGUGGUGGCAUGACUGAUUGAGUGCAUGUGUUAAAAUGUGCAAGGACCAGGGUUCAAAACCCCGGUCCCUAAAUGCAAGGGGAAAGCUUCAUGAAUGGUGAAGCUGUGCUGCAGGUAUCUCUCCAUCUGUCUUUCUUGUCUCUCUAUCUCCUCUUCCUCUCAAUUUCUGGCUGCCUCUAUCCAAUAAGUAAAUAAAGAUAAUAAAAGUUUAAAAAGAAAUUAGUAGGGACAUAGGAGAUUUGACCAAUACUAGCAGCCACUUAACCUAUUUGACAUUUGUGUAAUAUUUUAUCCAGUAAUUAUAA